AUGGCGACCAUGAGGCGUGCGUUGCUGCUACUCCGGCAGAAUGGGUUCCUCGGGGCUCCGAUGCUCUCACGAUCACGGCACAGGUGAGGGAUCGGCUUCACCUCUUGUUCUUCCGCGCUGAUCCAUCUGAUUUUGUUCGAUUAACUUGGAAUCACUGCUCUAACUUUUCUUUUUCAACAUUUCGCCAGUAACUUCUUGGGAUCAGUUUCUCUCUUCUCCUCAGAACAUGAAUCCGACACCGUGGACCUUUCCAACGAAGAGAGCAAGCGUCGCGUUUUCAAUAGGUAUCGUCUGGGAAACCAUUUUUUGCCCUUUGUUCUGGAGGAUCGGCGAGUCGAACAUUCUUUAUUCAUGUCAUUUGGUUUUCUAGGUUGCUGUAUAGAAGCAGGCAACGUGGAUUUCUUGAGUUGGACCUCGUCUUGGGGAAUUGGGUGGAGGAGAACAUUCGUUCGAUGGAUGAACAGCGGAUUAAAGCCCUCGUGGAAGUUCUGAACCUGGUAUUUACCAUCGAAUUCAUCAAAUUUUCAUUUAUUUAAUGGCCUAGUGAUUUUCAUUGUUCUUAAUGAUUAUAUCAAAUAUUUUUGCAAGCAUCACAGUGCCAUUCGUUGGUUUUCUAAUGACCGAAAGCAUGUGGAUUCACAAUCAUACCCGUUAACUCAAAUGCCCUCCUCGUCUAGAGAUAAACUCACAUUGAAAAUUUGCGUCAUCUCAUGCAAGUUUUUUUACGAUAUUUUUAUUAGCUCGUCAAAUAUUAUUCAAAUCUAAAAAGUAUGAUUGAUUUAAUUCUCACAUUCAUCUAAAAUGUGUUUCCUGAUAGAGUCAUACUCAUUAAUGUCUGGUUUGCUCUAUCUCUUUUCUUGUCAAACUUCUAUUUACCUCAUUGCGUGUUACCGAGCUUUCUGCUUCACUAUAAAGUUUUGUCUAUGAAGGUCAUCUGCACAUGACAUCCCGAUCGAAUAGAUGUUAUUAAUGAUCAAAUGGCCUAUACUGAACUAUAGAUGAUACUGUACGAAGAAAAAUGGCGGAUUUGCGCGAUACUUCCUAGCCUUACACUUAACUCAUUGGUUAGAAGAGAGUCCAUGAUCUCUUGUCCGUAUAGACGAACAAUUUCAUGGCUAAUAAGGACCAAACUACGCUGAACCAAGUUUAUUAGGCUUGGAGGACGACUGUUCUAGUCUUGUGGUUGGAACGCUGUUGAAUAUAGUUUUCUGUCCUUCGUAAGGUGUGGAUUUGUGAAAUUGAAAGAUGGGUGCUGUAAGACAAAAUGAAAGAUGGCUCUUCCAUUGUAUCACCUUCUUGUCAUAAGGGAUGGUUGAAAGGUCCUUUUAUUCGUUACAAAUUUUGUCACUAAUCUUCCCAAUGUGAAUACCUGGUAAGUUGAUGGCAUUUAAUUGACUUAUAGCUGCUCAAGCAAUCUGAGGCUCCAACACAGCACAAUAAUUAAAAUAUUUAAUUCAUUAUUUUGCAACACACACAUGUGUGUAUGUACGUAUGUAUGUAUGUAUGUAUGCAUGUAUCCAUGUAUACGUCUCCCAAACUGCUCACUUCAUUUCUUUUCUUCUAACCUAUUUGCUGUUGCCAUCAUUCAUCAAUAGAUGCCUGAUGAAUCCAAGGAGCAGCCACAAAGUUGCUUGCAAAUUUUAAUAAGCGGUCGUAAACUGGAACGAAUUUUUGCCAAAGUUGUGGAUUAUUUUGGACCUUCCUCAGUGCUUGAAUCUCAUUAAUUUGCAACAACUUACUGGGUUUUAUUAUUUUAAUAUCAAAAAUCUCACUAUUUCCUCAAUCCAAUAACUCAUUAAUCUCAACCAAACACUUUUGAUUAUGAACUGACUGCCUUUUGAGAGUUUUAGAUUCUCUGUAUUUGUUACUUCGACUCCAACAUUUGAAAUCUGUUGUUCCCAGUCAGCCUUUAAAAAAUAUUUUUGAUCGUCAGGAAAACCCAGACUUGUGGAAGUGGCUCACGGGGCAGGAGCAACCUCCAGAGGCAGUCAACAGGAAUCCGGUGAGUAUAAAGUUAACGCGCAAGCACAUACUCUUCGCCGUUCGUUUGCAACUAGAAAUCCGUUCCUCACCCACUGUUGGCCCAUCGAACAGGUAUUUAAUGCCGUGCAUGCCAAGGUGAUGAGCAAUUUGGACAGCCACGCUUCGGCCUCAACCAGGGCUGCUCCGGGUCAGCCAUGGGUCAGAGGUUGGGACGAUAAGAGGGGACUGGACGGCCCAAAAUAUGGAAACCAGUGA